AUGAUAAAUUGGUUCCUCGUGAUCGACUUACUUGGUUGCUGCUGCGCUUACAUCGUGUUUGUCGCUAAGAAUGUCAAGCAAGUUGUAGACUACCACGCAAAAGACAAUAUCCCCGGUCUUAGUGAACGCAAGCCAUUUGCUGGAUGGGAACGCCUACCAACUUUCUUGGAAACUGCUAUCUUCGCUUUUGAAGGUAUUGGUGUUGUAAUGCCGUUGGAAAACAACAUGAAGACCCCAACCCACUUCAUUGGCUGCCUUGGAGUGCUUAGCACUGGCAUGUUCUUUGUGGUGUCACUUUAUGCACUGGUUGGAUUCUUUGGUCACUUGAAAUAUGGUGAUACCACUUUGGGUAGCAUCACACUGAACUUGCCUGAAGACGAAAUG